CAGGUAGUGUCAGCUCUUAUGAAGAGGUAGUAAUGGAGAGCAACGUAUCGUGUACCCCAGUGUGGUGCCAAUAAUAAAUGUGUACUGUUUUCUAGAGCAGUUACGUGUGUAUAUAUACAUUUUUUUUUUCCAAGCGUUCAGCUUAAGUUUCUGAUUUUUUUUUGUUUAUAGUGCUGCAGCAAGCCAUCCUAGUAUAACAGCAGCAAUCGAUGCCUGCAAUGUGAUUGAAGAAGAAAAAAAAAGGACUGAAAUAUAAUCAUGUGUUGAUGCUUUAUGAUACAGAAUGAAAACCCCCGAAUCAUUUUAAAGGCAAGCUUUUAUUUUUAAUGUUAUAUAGAUUUUUUUUUUUUGUUUCAACUGACUGUGCGCCUUUGUUUUGUUUUGGUUUUUGUUUCGUACCGUACCGAGGAGCCUUGUCACGAUGAAGCACGUUUGACAGAAGACUGUAUUUGGGGGGGAAAAAUGAGGAAGCAACUUUUAAACAGAUACAAAACAGAGAGGCCUCUUUCCUUAGGCCCGAAUCGGGGUUGAAAAGGGGUAAAGUGGGGAAAGAAGUACAUUAGCCCAAUGACAAUAACCCCAAAUAAAAUGGGACAAACUAAGACUCGCAAGGAGAAAAGAAGAAAAUAUAUUUUAAUAGUAACCGCUGUUUGCGCUUGUUUGCAGUCUUGCAGAACAAAAAGUACUUUGUGCCUUUAACAGAAAACAGGCAAUUAAAAAAAAGACUACCUGUUUCUCAAGGCGUAAUCAUAUUGUUUUGUGCCAUUUUCUCGUUAUUUCUGUAUUAUUAUUAUUAUUAUUAUUAUUAUUAUUAUUAUUAUUAUUAUUAUUAUUAUUAUUAUUAUUUUAAUUUAAAGCCCCCAUUUUUUUCCCAAUUGAAUUUUGAUUUGGAUUCAGCUUUGAAUUUAAUUCAAUGGAAGUAUGUUAUCAGCUGCCGGUUUUGCCUCUGGACAGGCCGGUUCCCAAACAUGUGCUCACCCGGAGGGGAGCCAUCAGCUUCAGUUCCAGCUCCUCUCUAUUUGGUUGUCCAGAUCCCAGACAGCUGUCUCAGAGACGUGGGGCAAUCUCCUAUGACAGUUCAGAUCAAACUGCUUUGUAUAUUCGUAUGUUAGGGGCUUGUGUAAUAUUCAAACUGCUGUUUUCAAGAGAUGUAAGAAGUCGGGUAGGAUUUGAAACAGAAAGAAGAGGCUCCCAUCCAUACCUGUACGUUGAUUUCCGCAUUUUGCACUCACACCCUGAAUCUGUAGGGCCUGUGUCGGCGAGGAAGAUUCGGAGACUGUUAAGUUUCCAGAGAUACCUGCACUCCUCUCGCUUCUUCCGUGGAUUUCCUCCCCAGAACCCUUUAUACAUCUUGGAUGAUGACUAUACUGGUCAAGCAAAGUGUAUGCUGGAAAAAGUUGGAAGUUGGAAUUUUGAUAUAUUUCUUUUUGACAGAUUGUCAAAUGGAAACAGCUUGGUCAGCUUGACGUUUCAUUUGUUUAAACGUUAUGGACUUAUUGAAAUCUUCCGUUUAGACAUGGUAAAACUUCGUAGAUUUUUAGUAAUGGUUCAAGAAGACUACCACAGUCAAAACCCUUACCACAAUGCAGUCCAUGCUGCUGAUGUGACUCAGGCCAUGCACUGUUACUUAAAAGAGCCCAAGCUUGCCAAAUCUCUCACCUCAUGGGAUAUCCUGCUAGGUCUGUUGGCAGCUACAACACACGACUUGGAUCAUCCAGGUGUUAAUCAGCAUUUCCUCAUAAAAACUAACCAUUACUUAGCGACUUUGUACAAGAAUACCUCAGUUUUAGAAAAUCACCACUGGAGGUCAGCUGUGGGCCUGCUUCGAGAGUCAGGGUUAUUUGCACACCUUCCCUUGGAAGACAGGUUGGGAAUGGAGAGACAGUUGGGUUCUCUCAUUCUAGCCACUGACAUCAGCCGACAGAAUGAAUACUUGUUGCAGUUUAGAACCCAUUUGGAUAGGGAAGACCUACGUUUAGACGAUGCUGGUCAUCGACAUUUUAUUCUUCAGAUGGCACUCAAGUGUGCUGAUAUUUGUAACCCAUGCAGGACCUGGGAACUGAGUAAGCAGUGGAGUGAGAAAGUGACUGAGGAAUUCUUCCAUCAAGGUGAUGUUGAAAAGAAACAUAAACUAGAUGUAAGCCCACUGUGUGACAGACAAACACAAACUAUUGAAAAUAUUCAAAUGGGUUUCAUGACCUACGUGGUGGAGCCCCUGUUUGUGGAGUGGGCUCGGUUCUCCGACACCAAGCUCUCUCAGACGAUGCUCGGCUACCUUGCACUGAACAAAGCUGGCUGGAGGGGAAUGGUACAGGAGCAGGCGAGCAGUGGGGAUGACACUGAUCCUACCUUAGAAGAGACUGACUCUGACAUUUUACCUCAGGAAAGCCGAGAAUUAUGACCCUUUGUCCCAGAUCACACAUACAGUACAGUAAACUUGACCUGACGUAAGUGAAAGGGGUCAGAAACUAUGGGAAAGAGGAAUAGAACCUGACUUCACUUCAACUACCUUGAUUGCAUGGAAAACCAUACCAGAAAGGAAUCAAGUUAUAUGCUUUUCCUGAUUUAAUUACCUGUCCCCCCCCCUCCCCCCUCCC